AACCGCGUGAAACACAUUCGUGUCCGUCCGAGAAACACGGAAAAACAAUGGAAAAAGUGAUACUAAAAACUACGCCAGAAAAAGGUCGUGGAUUGUAUGUAACCGAAACAAUCCUCGAAGGAACAAUUAUAUUUCAAGAGCAACCGCUGGUUUCAUGCCAAUAUUCAUGGAAUGCUGCGUACGGGUACUUGGCAUGCGAGUAUUGCCUACGUCCGUUAGAAACUGCCGAACGAAAUGCGCAACGAUUGGCAAAUGAUCCCACCAUCAUGUUACCGAGGGCCGAAUGUUGUCCGGUGGAGAGCAAUCUGGUAAACCAUGCAAAGUGUGAACAAUGUGGUGUGCUGUACUGCAGCAGCGAAUGCAGGAGCAGCGCUCUAGAACGCUACCAUGCCGCGAUCUGCCUUGGGGCGGAAGCACAAAAUGAAAACCAUCCGGUAAACGUGUUGGUGGAUUUUUGGAAGAAAAUGCACUAUCCACCGGAGACAUGCGGUAUCAUGCUGUUUGUGAAAAUUGUUGGCCUUUUUCGGCAGACAGUCGAUCCACAGGGGUUGCAGAAUCAACUGCAGGAGUUCGUUCAUAAAUCCGUGAACGAAGAUCUUCUGAUCUUUCAUAAAAUGCUUGGUGAAAAGUUUACCAAGCAAAUAGAGCAACUGUACAGUCUGUUCGCUGUCGCCUUCAACGUUGGUUCAGAUGAACGUCUUUCCUGGCUCACAGUGGAUAGCUUCAAAAGUCUCAUUGCACUGGUUGGCACGAACGGACAAGGAAUAGGUACGAGCUCUUUCGGAGAUUGGGUUAAAAAUGUGUCAGAGUGUGCCAUGGAUGAAAAGGAACGUACAUCUGUGGACCAGCUGAUCGAUGAAUUGUACGGCAAGAUGGAUACGUUUGUGGGUUCUUUCUUGAACAACGAAGGAUCUGCUCUGUAUGCCAGGCAAAGCAAGAUCAACCACAGCUGUUCACCGAAUGCAGAAACUGUAUUCCCCCAAUCCAACCACGUUCUUGCGCUGAGGGCAACGCGUGAUAUCCAUCCCGGGGAGGAAAUUUCCAUUUCUUACCUCGAUGAAUGUAACUUGCAGCGCUCACGACAUUCACGACAAAAGAUUCUGAAAGAUUACUAUCUAUUCAUAUGCCAGUGCGAAAAAUGUAACCAGGAGAUUAAUGAUCCUGAUGAAACGUCCGAAGACGAAGACGAUGAGGACGAGGAUAUGGAGGAUUCUGAUUAACUCAUUGAUAAAGAAUGGUGCAACGAAAAGUUACAAUUGUAUCGCAUUGUAUUUUCAAUCAGUUUCUUCAAACAAUAAACACGAAACCACAAAUGCUUACAAAGCCGA